AUGGGUUCAUAUAUCGGCCGAUUCCGCAGUAUCGGGUUUUACCAGCAGGAGCGGAUUAAAACAUCCUUAGAGACUCUCACAAAAGAUAAAUCAGCGGGGGAGCAAAUGGAGCAGCAACAGAAACAGAAGAUUUCUGGAGUUCGGGAACAGUCACAGAACCUGUUGACCCACAUCACAUCGGUAUUUGCUGAACUGCGCCAGAUUCUCAAUGAGGAAGAGCAGCGCUUUCACAAGGAACUCCGGGAAGAAGAGGAGAGCGUUCUAAACCCAAUGGAGAAUAAUCUACGAGAGAUUCAAGAGAAGUUAAACUCUAUUCAAGAGCAACUCCUAAAGCUGCAGGAGCGGAUGAAUCAAAUGGACAGUUUGAUAUUUCUGAAGGAGGAAACUCGUCAGAAGAGGAGGGUGAGUGAUGAAGAACGGAUGCUGUUGGUAGCAGAUGGUGCCUUGGCAAUUGGAAAGUUCGAUCACCCAUUUUUGUUGAGCAAAUUGACCGAUGGCAUUAAGAGAGGAAAAAACGUAUUUGUUUUAAACCGUUAG